AUGCGCAGGUUCCUUGGGUCCUGGCUGAAGCUGGCGGAGCUGGGGGGCUGCCGUUACCAUGGGCAGCGGGCACAGAGCAAAACUUUGUGCAAAGGGUUCAUGAAGGUGGAGAUUCUGAUCUCCGUGCCUUUUCUGGCGGAAGAGUCCGGACUGUUUUGUCUCCCAUCCUCCUUUCCCAAGCCCGAGGACCCUCCGGCCGCCGCUCACGCUAAUGGAGUUGCUGAUGGCGGAGAUGCUGCGCAGGGCGACCCGGAGCCGCAGCUCGCUGGGGAGAAGCCUCCCAAAGGGAACGGCGACGAGCAAGUCCCCCCGCUGCUGCCUCCACCGCCGCCGGGCAGCCUCCCUCCCUACCCCCCGUACUUCGAGGGAGCUCCCUUUCCCCGUCCGCUCUGUCUACGGAACACGAAACACCAGUGGGUUCCCCAGCCACCCCCACGGACUAUAAAGCGGACGAGGAGGCGUUUGUCGCGGAACAGAGACCCGGGAAGGCUUAUCAUGAGCACCAUCCGGCUGCGGCCAAGGCAGGUGCUGUGCGAGAAAUGUAAGAACACGCUGAACCCCGAGGACGCCAGCGCGGGCAGGCAGAACGCUAAAACCAGGAGGAAGCUGAGCAUGCAGGACAAAGAGCAGAAGAAGCACAGCGACUCCGACUAUGCGGAGAAAAGGAACAAGCGAGAAAAGAGGGAGGAUGACAAGUUUUCUGGGGAACUGGUACAUCGAACGCCAGUUAUAAAAAUAUCCUACAGUACUCCCCAGGGGAAAGGCGAAGUGGUAAAAAUCCCUUCCCGGGUUCAUGGCUCAGUCAAACCGUUUUGUCCAGAGCGAGUAUUGCAGAACGGAGGGGAGGACCAAGAGGAGACCAGAGACUCGGAACGGUGUCGUGACACCAAAUGUUUGAUGGACAAGUCAGCAGGCAGCCAGCUUGCUUCCAUUCCAAAACUGAAGCUCACGCGGCCGGUGCAUCCCAGUGCCGAUGUCCCACCCCCAAAGAUACGGCUGAAGCCCCAUCGCAUCAACGAUGGGCAGAGUGUUUCCAUUUAUAAGGCAGAGCUCAUCGACGAAAUAAAUGUCCUUCAGAACAGCAGGGAGUCCAAUCCUGGCACAUUUUACAACGAUGAAUCCACAGACAGAAGUUUAGCUGAGAUCUCUUCGGGGAGUUCAGGUGAAGAUGAUGACUUUAAAAGAUUUCCCCAGGGUAAAGAUGGACACGAUAACUUGGCUUUCCUUAUGAAUUAUCGUAAAAGAAAAGCGGAUUCUUCUAGCUUAUCGGUGUGUAGUAACGACAGUCUAGACGAGUCCAAGUCUUCUAGUUCAGAAGUAACAUCACCAGAACUGUGUGACUUUUUGCCUGGUGAUGAUGCGUCCGUCUCUUCAUCUUCAAAAGAUGAGCGUAAAAUUGUGCCGCCGCUGACGGUCAGACUGCAUACCCAAAGCGUGUCUAAAUGUGUCACGGAAGAUGGAAGAACUGUUUCAGUGGGGGAUAUUGUUUGGGGUAAAAUUCAUGGUUUUCCGUGGUGGCCAGCACGUGUUCUUGACAUAAACCUGAGCCAGAAGGAAAACGGGGAACCUUCGUGGCGAGAAGCUAAAGUAUCGUGGUUUGGUUCUCCAACGACUUCAUUCUUAUCUGUUUCAAAACUCUCUCCUUUCUCUGAAUUUUUCAAACUGAGAUUUAAUCGCAAGAAGAAAGGGAUGUAUCGGAAAGCUAUCACAGAGGCUGCCAAGGCAGUAGAGCACCUGACUCCGGAAAUAAGAGAUCUCUUAACGCAGUUCGAGACAUAA